GAACGGAGAGGGGAGGGAAAUAGAGGAUGAUGAUGAUGCCUUAGGUUGGCUGCUGAGCAUUUCGAGGCAGAGACGCAGCUGGGGAGGCAGAAGGGAAGGAGCCCCAGUACACACAAAAUUUUCCAGCGAUGGAGCUGUUGAAGAAAUGGCUGGGUCACCCUGAGGAGCUCUACAACUUGGUGCGGUUCAAGAUGGGAGGUUACAAGACUGUGAUGCCCAAGAUGGACCAGGACUCGCUCAGUGCCAGCCUCCGCCUCUGCUACCUCUACCUCAACCAGACCAGCCGCAGCUUCGCCGCCGUCAUCCAGGCCCUCGACGGGGAGCUCCGCCAUGCAGUUUGCAUCUUCUACUUGGUUCUCCGGGCUCUGGACACGGUGGAGGAUGACAUGACAAUCAACCUGGAAACUAAGGUCCCCAUGUUAGAGAACUUCCAUUCCUACCUGUAUCAGCCAGACUGGCGAUUCAUGGAGAGCAAUGAGAAAGACAAGCAAGUGCUGGAGGAUUUCCCAACGAUAUCCUUGGAGUUCCGGAACCUAGCAAAGGUCUAUCAGGAUGUGAUUGCUAACAUUUGCCACAAGAUGGGCCUUGGGAUGGCCGAGUUCUUGGAGAAGAAGGUGGAGUCUGAGAAGGAGUGGGACAAGUACUGUCACUACGUUGCUGGCCUGGUGGGGAUCGGACUCUCCCAGCUCUUCUCUGCAUCCCAACUGGAAGACCCUAUUGUUGGUCAGGAUACGGAGCUCGCCAAUUCCAUGGGGCUUUUCCUGCAGAAAACCAACAUCAUCCGGGAUUAUCUAGAGGACCAGCUUGAGGGCAGAGAGUUUUGGCCCCGAGAGGUUUGGAGCAAGUACGCAAAGAAGAUGUCAGAUCUGGCCAAGCCUGAAAACAUUGACAAAGCUGUGCAGUGUAUGAACGAGCUCAUUACUAAUGCCUUGCAUCACGUUCCUGAUGUAUUGACGUACUUGUCUCGACUGAAGAACCAAAGUGUGUUUAACUUCUGUGCCAUCCCCCAGGUAAUGGCCAUUGCCACUUUGGCAGCCUGCUACAACAACCAGCAGGUCUUCAGGGGAGUGGUGAAGAUUCGGAAGGGGCAAGCCGUCACGCUGAUGAUGGAUGCCACCAACAUCCAGGCUGUCAAAGCCAUUAUGUACCAGUAUGUGGAAGAGAUCUACCAGAAGAUUCCUAGCACAGACCCUUCCUCCAGCAGAACUCAACAGAUCGUUGUCUCUGUCCGCUCCAUGAGCUUACCUGGUGGAGUGCUGGUCUCCCGGACCCAUUACUCCCCCAUCUACUUAUCCUGUGUGAUGCUUUUAGCAGCCCUGAGCUGGCAGUAUCUGAGCACAGUGUCGAAGGUGGCUGAAGAAUACGUACACACUGGGGAGAACUGAGAAAGAAGUGGUGGUUUUUUUUUGAAGGAAAUGUGAUUUCAGACCAGGAGGGCUGGAUUGGAUUGGAGUCCCAGGACUGUAGGAAGCCAGGCACGAAACUUUGAAUUUGCAAGUUUGUUUGGACUGGAAACUUACACCUCUAGAUGUAGCUGCUAACAAACCGAGGUUCCUGAAUGGAAACACCCUCCUCACUCUACCUUUUCCCUUUUUGGGUGGACUGGUUAUGGACAAGUCUUUUUGAGUCUUAAUAUAUUUUUCAGCAGAGCAUUUGAACUGCAUUUUUGUUUUGUUUUGUUUUUUUCUGAUGUAGGAUAUUUUUAAACUAGGAAGUUGGAAAGUGCCUCUUUGUUGCUUGUUAAUUUUGACAGUAAAAAAACAAAAAUUGUUA